CAGCGGUCGGUCCGUUCACUCCUGCGCUGCUCCCACUGCAGUUCCUCCGCGGCACAGAGGGACCUCACCGACCUGCCCUGCUCCACAAGGACGGAGAAAUGAGCUCGUCCUGCGCCGCUCGCAUCGCACUAACGUGAGCGUGUCACGGCUCUCUUUAACGGACACACACACGCGCACAGAGGACCAGCACCGGUCUGCUGUUUACAAACCCCUCAGCUCGGUGUCGGACAGUCCCACCCGCAGCCCGGACCAUGGCGGAGAGAAGUGGCCGGUUGAGUUUCCCCGGGAGCGGGGCUCUCAACAGACCGGUCCCCAUGAACCUGUUCGCUACAUGGGAGAUAGACGGAUCCUCCCCGAACUGCAUCCCGAGGUUGUGCAGUCUGACUCUGAAGAAGCUGGUUGUGAUGAGGGAACUUGAUAAAGAGCUGAUCUCUGUGGUCAUAGCGGUUAAAAUCCAGGGCUCCAAAAGGAUUUUAAGGUCCCAUGAGAUAGUGCUGCCACCCAGUGGGUCUGUGGAGACUGAUCUGGCUCUCACCUUCUCACUGCAGUACCCUCACUUCUUAAAACGAGAAGGAAACAAGCUGCAGAUCAUGCUGCAAAGACGGAAGAGGUACAAGAACCGAACUAUCUUGGGCUACAAGACUCUCGCAGUGGGAUCUAUUGAUAUGGCCGAGGUGAUGCAGCACCCGACAGAGGGAGGACAGGUCCUGCCUCUCUGCAGCAACCAGAAAGACAUGCUGGGGAAGGUGGCAGAGAUCUGGAUCUUUUCCCUGUCCAGUCAGCCAAUAGACCACGAAGAGGCAGCCCUGCAGGGAGGACAGAAGAUCAAAUGCUCUGAUAACUACUCAGAGGAAGAGUACGAGAGCUUCUCCUCAGAGCAGGAGGCCAGCGACGACGCCGUGCAGGGACAGGAUCUCGAGGAUGACGAGUACGACGUGAGAAAGCCAAAGAAGCAGAGGAGGUCGAUUGUAAGGACCCCCUCCAUCACCAGACAGCAGAACUUUAAGCAGCGAGUGGUGGCUCUUUUGAAGCGGUUCAGGGUUUCAGAUGAGGUGCUGGACUCAGAGCAGGACCCUGCAGAGCCGCCCCCUGAGGUGGAGGAGGAGGACCUGGACCUGGACAGCGUGGAGUUUGAGAACCCGAGUGACAGCGGGCCCGAGCUGGAUGAUGACGACAGCGUCCUCAGCACACCAAAACCCAAACUCAAGCCAUAUUUCGAGGGUCUCUCCCUCUCCAGCUCUCAAACAGAGAUCGGCAGCAUCCACAGCAUCCGGAGCCACCGGGAGCCUCCGAGCCCGAUUGACCCAGAUAAAACCAAGUGCGCCGGGGCCAAAUUUCCUGAUGACGGUGUGUCUGAUAACGUCUCCUUUGAGCAGCCGGAGGCGGUGACUCCGACCACAGAGCUGGAGAUGGACAACAUGGACACGUUUCUCGAGAGACUGCCACCAAGUGGCAAAAUGACCAAGACAGAGUCCCUAAUCAUUUCAUCCAACAGGCAGGAACCGAAGUUGGCAGGGAGGCGAGGCAGGAGCACGUCGCUGAAGGAGCGCCAGCCCAGCAGGCCGCAGAACGAGAGGGCCAACAGCCUGGACAAUGAGCGGUCCCUGGACACACGCUGCCACCUACAGAUCCCAAGAAAAACAGUGUAUGACCAACUAAACCACAUCCUGGUGUCUGAUAACCACCUCCCUGACAGCAUCAUCCUCAUCAACACGUCAGACUGGCAGGGCCAGUAUCUUUCAGAUAUGCUGCAAAACCACCAUCUACCAGUGGUCUGCACCUGCACCACGGCCGACAUCCAAGCUGCAUUCAACACCAUCGUCUCCCGCAUACAAAGAUUUUGCAACUGUAACUCGCAGACGCCCAUUCCCAUAAAGAUCGCGGUGGCCGGAGCGCAGCACUACCUCAGUGCUGUUCUGAGGCUUUUUGUGGACCACCUCUCCCAUAAGACCCCUGACUGGCUCGGCUACAUGAGGUUCCUUAUCAUCCCUUUAGGUGCACAUCCUGUCUCCAAAUAUCUCGGCACUAUUGACUAUCGAUACAACAGUUUGUUCCAAGACGCUGCAUGGAGGGACCUGUUUCACAAGCCAGAGGCUCCUGUUAUUGCCCAGGAGAACCCAGACGUGGUGUCAAGGGUCACUCAGUACAUGGUGGGAGCUAACGGAGCUCACCAGCUUCCCAUCGCGGAGGCCAUGCUCACAUACAAACAGAAGAGGAAAAAGAGCUUUCAUUUUGAUUUUGCAGUAAGUCUCUCUGUUUCUUCCCUGGGGGGGCGAUGGCAGGUUUCUUCAAGCCCUGAUGAGGACUCUUGUCAGAAAUUUAUCCCUUUCAUCGGGAUGGUGAAAGUCGGCCUCGUGGAGCAAACAUCUGCAACAUCAGGAGAUUCUGAUGAUGCAGCACCUCUGAGCUCGUCGCUGCUCUCCUCCACCCCCCCACAAGUCUCACCUGCACUCAAAGAGGCUUCGCCCACACCGCCCUCCUCUCCCUCCGUCACCACCAGCUUCUGUGCUUACAGUUCUGUAGGGCAGGCGGAGCUGAUGGGGCUUCAGGUGGACUACUGGGUGGCUCCAACAGAAAGGAAGAAAGACAUGGAGAAGCGGGACUCCUCCUCCAAAAACACUCUGAAGUGCAAUUUCCGCUCGCUGCAGGUCAGCCGGCUGCCACUGGGGGGCGCUGAGCCGAGCACCCAGCCCACCAUGUCCAUGACUGUGGUGACCAAGGAGAAGAACAAGAAGGUCAUGUUCCUGCCAAAAAAGAGCAAAGACAAGGAGGUGGAGUCCAAGAGUCAAGUGAUUGAGGGCAUCAGCCGGCUCAUCUGCACUGCCAAGCACCAGCAGACCAUGCUGAGAGUGCUGAUUGACGGCGUCGAGUGGAACGACGUCAAGUUUUUCCAGCUGGCGGCACAGUGGUCCUCACACGUCAAACACUUCCCCAUCGGCAUCUUUGGACACACAAAAGGCCCUUACUAGCAGCACCUAAGAGACUGAAACACUGAGGACAACCCGCCCCCCAUCUUUCCCUUUCCCCUGUGCCAACAGCUUUUAACCCCCCCCCCUCCUCCCGCCCCUCCCCCCCGCACACUUCUUCUAUUCUGCUGUCUUAAUUUAAGCUCCUGCUUACACCUGUUGCAUUUGUCUGAUUAUUUAAUCUUUUGCGUGUUCUUUUUUUAAUUUUCUAUUUAUGUAAAAAUUGUCUCGAGGCAAGGCUGCCACGGGAAUAUUUCUUUACUCAGCUUUUUAAAAGAAAAAAAAAAUCCUGCUGAUGUUUUAUAGACUUUUGAGAAAAAAAUUGAUAAUAUAAUAAUUAGACAUUACUUCUAAUCUUUAAAGGAAAGAAAUCACCCCCAAAAUGAGCAGUUGUAUUGUGAUCAUUAUUUGUGUUACCUUGAAUUCCUGAAGAAGACUUUGUCUUUUUUUGCACGCCACGAUAGUGAACAAAAAACUAAGACAUUUCUUUAUGAUUUGAAGUUAAAGCGCCUUGUUUAACAACAGCAUCAUACUAUUUAAAACACAUCAGCAUGCAUACUACUUGUCCGUGCAUGAGACUGUUUAUGCUGCAGUGUUUUAAAUAGUAAGAUUGCAUUGCUGAACCUGGCCCGUUUACUUCAAAUCAUAAGGAUUUCCUCAAUUUUUGGAUUCUUCGUUCACUUUGGAGGCAUGCACGAAAAAACAAGUUUUCUCCAUGAAUUCAAGGUAACACGAGUUAAGUGAUGAAAUACAAAUGAUGACUUUUUCAAAAUUAAGUAUUCCUUUGACCUACUGUCCGAGUGCCCAGUUUUUACCCUCUGCUAUCAUUUUUAUUUGGUGAGUCUGGUUUUAACCCCUUGGCUGGCGCAUUUAAUCAAGAAUAUAUACAGUAUAUUUAAACAACAACAAAAGCAGCUGCCUUGUAAUGAAGUGGAAGAGGUUCAUCUAAUUUUCUAACCAUGAUGAAGAAAUUUGGGAUUGUGAACUUCAGAGACUGUUGUCGACUCAUCGUCUUAACCCUGAAGAAGACUAAAUUAAGCGGCCCCCCCUGAGCUCUGGCUCUCUGCACUCAAUGAAGAAGUCUUAUGUGCAAUAGACUGAAUACUGUGUGAAUGCGAUUCUGAACAAUAACCUGGCACUGAUAGAAGAAUACACACUGCUCUUAGUCACGACCUCUUCUCUUCUUUACUUUGUCCUUCUGGUAAAUUGGCUUGAGGUUUGAAGAGUUUUGCUGCAAAGUGAGACGUGAGAAAAUUAUUAAUAGCACAAAAACAACUACUGUUUAGAUGGAAGUACUAACUGAAAGGAAAACGUUGACAUUUUGUGAAAUUUGCUUUCUUUCUGAAAGUUACAUGAGAGGAUCGACAUGUGACGAGAGCCUGCAGCUUGUUAGCUUAGCUUAGCAUAAAGCUUAGCAUAAAGCAUGAGCAUUAAACUGACUGAGCCUACCAGCAUCUCUAGAGCUCAUUAAGUAACAAAGAUCAUGUUAUUUGUUUAAUCUGCACAAAAACCGAAUUGCAAAAGUAACAGGAAAUAGUCUGGCACACCACAACUUGUUGUGUUUUAAACUGCAGUCACUGUACAGAUUACACACACACCUUUAAAUAAAUAAAUAAAUAGCUUGACCUUUCCCUUUUGUUUCCAGUCUUUACACAAAGCUAAGCUAACUGGCUGCUGACAAACAGCUAGCCUGAUCAAAAGUAACAAAAUCCACCCACCAGCAUCUGUAAAUCUCACUAAUAAACACAUGAUAUCUCCUUUGUUUUAUAUGUAAGAAAAAAAAAUAGAGGGCAAAAAUGACAAGUUGUGGUUUUACAAUGAGUCAGGCUAGCUGUUCCUGUUUCCAGUCUUUAUGCUAAGCUAAGCUAAUCGGCGGCUUAAAGUUUGUCGUUAACACUGAUAAAUUUCACUUCCUCUGUCUGUUUCAAAUUAAAAGCCCUGUAGGAUUUCAGUUGAAGUAAUACCUUUGUUUCGUAACAGGUAGUAUGUGAAUUUGGAGAAAGAUGGCUGAUUGUUGCGUGUUAUUCCCUGCUCGUCAAAUACUGGUGAUUUGGAUCGAUGUUCCGUCAUGGGUCACCAGUCCAAAGUCAAUAUCUGACAGCCUGGGAAUGAGACUCCAGAUCACAUACUGCACCCUUAAAUUAUAUGGAAAUGUACAUUAUUCUUAGUUAAUUCCCCCCCAGCCUUUAUUUGAGACCUGUUCUUGGGUCCUCGUUAAGAAAGCAAAUAUGUUUAUUGUCCAAAAUGUCAAACUUUCCCUUUAAGUUUUUUUUUCUUCAAUUUUGAGUGAUUCCUCUGUAUUGUGCAAUUAGCUGUUGAUUUUCUUUCCCCGACACUGUUUAUUUUAGAAAGAAGUCAUCGUCCUCGAGCCCCACACUCCUCUAACACACUCCAUGUCUUUUGCUAAAAGCAAAUCUUACUUUUGCCAAAGGAAUACUCAUCAACUGCAGCUCACUCAUUACCUGUGUGGUAUUAUAGAAGACUUCAUAAUGUAGAGGUGAAUGUAUUGAAGGUACCUUAAUGUAAAGCACUUUUAAAUGUUUGUCCAGUAUAGAUUAGUGUGUUAAACCUACUUGGGAACCUGCAGGUACGACUGACUGUGGUUCACAGAUGCACAUAGACAGACACUGUGUCUGCCAUUAUAUCUGAGCUGAACAACAGCACAAGCAGCGGGGACAUGGCAUAGUUUUUAUGCAAUGCAAACCAAGCAUCUGUAUCUUCUCAGUGCUGUGUAAUAUCACUUUAUGCUCAGUGUGAGGCCUCCUUGGACUAUUUAGGUUUUAGUUUGAUAUUCGGUAAGGUUAGCUUACAACGUGUAUGUGAUGUUAACAUUUCAAAAAAUGUUCUAUCGGUAGAUUUUUGCUCUUUCUUUGACUGUUAAGCAUCAAACUAAAAAAGUAUUUUGCUGGUAAAAUUUAUUUCAGUAGCAGUUUCAUUAUAACCUUUGCCAAUUUCUUAAUAAGUGCCUAAAUUGCUUAGUUUUGACAAAUCAACCUAAAUAAUUUGUCCCUCGCUAACAUGGUGCUGAUUCUGGUCGGACAACAACAAAAUAUCUCAAUAGAGUGCAUUGAUUUUGCAAUAUAACGUUCACAAGAAGGAGGGAAAAUUACAGUUGGCUCUCAGACAUGGGUUUGAAUCAAUUUAAAGAAAGCUACAGCCCAUUCAUGUUGAGCAGACAUUUGUUUCUCUGUAUAGAAAAUGUUUUAGAUGUUUUGGUUUUUCAUGUUGUCUCAGAGAAAGGCUUGUUGAAACUGAAAGUUCCCUAAAGACUACCACUGUAAUCCCAAAACUUGGAGUAAUAAAACUACUAUACACACUAAAA